GUUUAAACUUAACCAUUACAGAGAAAUAGCAAAGGUGAAUAGUAUGUGGGACAUUCGAAAAACUAGCUUUGUUGAAAAACAUUCAAAUUUCACGGCUUUUAAACUAACCGGGAACGGUAGACAAAGAUAACACGACAUUUUAUAUAAUACCUACUAAUAGUAGUAAGUUCCUUUUAAGCAAAUGGAUAGAAAAAGGACUGAUAUCAAAGUUGAUAAAAGUGUAUGGUGGUGAGCGGUGGAGGAGGGAGAGGGAGUUUAAAAAUUAAUGUGAGUCAAAACAUUCAAGCUCUAAAAAUCGUCAAAGACGGAAUACAUCUACACCAUCGUUGCCAAUUUUCAGCCAUGUCACCAAAACUCCUAAAUCAUUGAUUCCUUUCGUCUCUGGGAUCUCAGCCACCUAGUCUACACCUCCCCCACAAGACUCAUGCCAACAGUCAGAGGCUUCAUGAGAUGGUGCUGUCUUGAUCUGGCUAUCCUGAACCUUAUUCUUCCGAUGUGAUCCAGUUUCCCCUAGCACUGGACGUCGAGGUAGACGGUUGCUUCGCAUGUGCACUAUAUGUCCAAACAAUCUCACAAUAUGAAGGUUUACGUAAUGUAUUGACCUCAAACCGUCACUAAGUGAAUUGUUGCCUAUCAUAUCAGUGUGCACACCAGAUGAUGCAUUGCAAAUGGAGUUACUACCAUUGAGUAUCAGUUCAUGUAUACACCAUUCUCAAGGUGUAAGGAUUUAUCGGACAGCUUUCCCACUGGCCUUCAGACUUGCUGAUGUUUAUGAACAAUAUAGACUUGAAACUAAGAAAACGUUAACAGUUCACCUGGAAGUGGCAAUCCCAUCCACCAACAGUAUCCUUAUUUUGAUUGACAAACAACUUAUUAUUCAAACCGAAAACUUCACAUCAUCAUCAAUUGUGCUUAGUCAUUCUGAACCACUCAAAAUUGUAUUACAAUGCAGUAAAAGUAAAUACACUUUGAAAUUCCAAUCAGAAUGCCCAAGAUUCAUGUACAAAGUUGUUGGGUAUACAAUGUAA